UCAAAUUUGGUAAAAAUGAAAAACACCGAAAAAGACGUAAUAUAUCAAUCCUAAAAAGAUAACUUUAAUGUGACGAGCGAUGAAAAUUAGUAUCGUAAUAAUAUUUAGUGCAUGUGACUUAUUUAUAUCAAUAUAUAAAUAACUGACUUAUUGUUUACAAAUAUUGUCAUCACAUUGAAAGGUUGUGAAAGUGUUCUAGGUAAACAGUUUUAAAAGCCGACAUGUACCAUGUUGGAAGGCCUUGUAGCUUGGGUACUAAACAACUACCUCGGGAAAUAUGUGGAAAACUUGAAUACGGAUCAGCUGAGCGUCGCGCUGCUGUCCGGUAAAGUGGAAUUAGAAAAUCUACCACUUAAGAAAGAUGCUCUUCGUCACCUGGGUCUGCCCGUGGAGAUCAAAGCCGGUUUCAUUGGUAAGGUGCAGCUACAUGUUCCCGUGAGACAGAUCCGUUCCGCGCCAUGGGUCAUUGCUAUUGAGAAGCUGUACUUGGUAGCUGCUCCGGUCAAUUUAGAUGAGUGGGACAGUGAUGUGGAGGCAGCCAUCGCUCACGAGUACAAGGUGUCCCUUCUGGAUGCCCUGGAGGCACAGUGGCGCGCCGAGCACGAAGCCUCUGACGUCGGAUACUAUGCCGCUUCAUACUCCUCCUGGCUCAGCUACGGUACCGGCCUUCUCGCGAACAUUGUGGAGAACCUUCAGCUGAACCUGAACGACGUCCACAUACGAUACGAAGACGCUCUGACAUGUCCGGGACGCGCCUUCGCUUGCGGGCUCGCAGUGGAGGCUCUGACGGCAGAGUCCUGCGAUUCAAGCUGGCGCCGGGGUGCCGUGGCGGCCGGCGAGGAACCUUGCUCCUACAAGCUCCUCGAACUUGCCAACCUAGCGCUCUACUGGGAUCCGAUGCCCGUGCCCGCCGGCAUGAUGGCCGACUGCACUAUCACCGAGCUCACGGAGCGCAUGCGUUGCACGUGGAGCGGAGAUCACCGCUGGUUGGUUAGACCGAGCACUGCGAGCGCGCGGGUACGACGCGAGCGCUGCGACCAGCCUCUGAGGGACCGCACGCGGCCGCGUCUCGCCUGUCACCUCACGCUCGACUCGGUGCUCCUCCGUCUCACCGACCGCCAGUACAGCGAGAUGACGGGCUGCUGCCGCGGUCUGGAGCGCGUGGCGCGACUGAGGGCGGUGAGGGCGCUCCGACCUCGCUCCCCGCUCCACGGACACGCUCGUCAGUGGUGGAUCUACGCGGUGAAGGCUCACCUGCCGCAUCACACCUGGAUGGACCCGCGCCCGACGUGGGAGGGGUGCUGCACGGCGGCGGGGGCGGCACGCCGGUACGUGUCGUUGGUGCUGGAGACGCUGGUGUCGCCCGCCGCCACGCUCCCGCCCGAAGACCAGCGCGCCAAAGAUGAUUACGAGUGGCAGCAGCCGUUACACGUCCUCAAGCCGCUGCGGGAGGUGGCGAUCCGGAAAGUGCCGGCUUCGACGCCGGUGUUGUCUCCAGAGCAGGCCAACUCGGGUCGCAGCGUGUUGGUGCGUUGGUUCCCGCAGUGGUGGGGCUGGUACGCGUCCCCGACCACCGAGGGUGAAUCUCAAUCGUCGACCGCGGACGGAGCCAUCUCCUGUUCCUCGUCGCCGCCGUCCUCCGCGAGCGCCGCCACCUCUAAGCUAGAAGACGAGAUCCUCGACGUGAUCGCCGAUUCUCUGGACGAUAACACGCUGCUCCGUCGAGACGCCGUGUUCGGACUGUUCGAGUUCACUCUCCAGAGAGGAUCACUGGACAUCUGCAUCGACAACGGGGAGGAGGACAGCGAGGCUCGCGAGGGUGUGGAGCUGCAGUUCUCGGCCGUGUUGCUGCGCGUGGAGUCGCGGCCCCGUUCGUCCGCGCACGCUGUGCACGCGUCCCUCGGUGCCGUGGUGCUGCGGGACCGCGUCACUCCGGACACAUUGUUCCCAGUGCUCGUCGCGCCGCAAGGCAUGAUUCGUGAAGGCCUGAGUGCAAUGAAUGCUGCGGCGAGCGCGGCCGCGUGGUGGCGCGCUCAGCGACCGCUGCACAAUUCCUCCGCCGCUGCCGAGCCGUUGUUCCAACUAUUUUAUGAGAAACGCCCGACCGGACCCGGCUAUGAUUAUAGACUGCGGGUGAAGUCUCGUUCCGUGGAGGUGGUGUGGGCGGUGGGCGUGGCGCGGUGGGCACGCCGCUGGGCGGCGGCAGGUGGCGCCUUCGCCACCGUUCGUAGCCACACUCGUGCCACGCUGCAUCACCAUUGGGGUCGACUCAUGCAUCACGCUCGGACUCCGAGCGAAAGGCGUUCGUGGCAGAUCGAGCUGGACAUUUCCGCCCCUCAGAUCCUCUUAGUGGAGGAACUGUCGGACCGCGACGCAUCCGUGCUGCUUCUAGAUUUUGGUCGUUUACGUCUCGCUAACGCGCCGCCUCCCGAUAACGAUCACCGAUGUGAUGAAGUGCCGAAACAGUUUUCGGCAGAUGACGACGAAGAGCUGUUCAUGACGCCUUGCUCGACGCCCCCGGGUAGCCUGCUAUCCCCGGCGACCCCCGGUCCUUCUCCUGCUGGUCCGCCUCCGCUGAGGCCCGCCGACCUGCACCCUCGUCUCUACGACCGCUACUGUGUGGAACUCAGUGAGCUGCAGGUGCUGGUAGGGCGCGCUCGUGACAACUGGCGUUACGCGCACAACAAGACCACAUCCGCCCUACACCUGUUGGAUCGCUUCACCAUCUCGCUUCAGGCGGAGCGCCGAGUGGUGUCGACGGCCGACCCUCAGUACCCGCGUGCGGCUGUCGGCGGCUCACUGCCGGCUCUCGUGGUGCAUCUCAGUGAACACAAGCUGGCUGCCGUCAGAGCCGUCAUCGCCUCCCUAAGACCCGAAGGCCCCCACAACGGUCACAACGAUCUAUCGCCUCAUCGAGAGGGUGCGGGGGAGGAGCCGGGGGAGGACAGAGACGAGACAGAGACAGAGUUCUCAGAAAUGUCGACCAACCAGAACACGGCACUGCUGGUGCUGCAAUUCGCUAUCGAUCAGAUGUCCCUAGAGGUACAGUCCCGGGGGCGAAGCAUCGCCGAAGUCCAGGUGUGCGGUGUGCGCGCUGCCCUGGCGCUCCGGCCUGCUGACACCUCUCUCUCUCUGUCCGUCCACUCGUUGCUGCUGGUAGACGCUCUGCAGACCUACGGGCCGGACUUCGAGCUCCUUCUCGCCAGUCAUAAGCAUCUCGGUAUGGAUACGACAUCGGGUAGCAUCCUCGGCUCGGAGCCCACGUCUCCCACGUCGCCUUCGUCUCCGCCCGCGCGCUCCCCGCCGCCGCCGCCCACGCCGCGACAGCUGCACCAGGCGUUGCACUCCUUGCGCUACCAGACCGACCACCACGACCACCUGGAUCACGCCGAGACGGGCGACGUGGUCGAUCGAGCGACCCCGAGUGCAGCCGCCGACUGGGCCAACGGGAUUUGCUGGAAUUCUGUGAACACGUCAUUCGCCACCAGCGGGGCGGCGUGGACGAGCUUCGGCCAGAGUUUAGGGAAUGGUUGGACCGGAGUCGGUCAAGGGAGUCGGAGAGGAGCGAGCGCGGGAGGGUUCGGCCAGGAGGGAUGCUGGGUGGCACCUGGACUCGUCGACUCGGAGGCGCUCAUCGCAGUAGAGCUGUGCUUCGUUAAGGGAGAAGGGGACGCAGAGGACCUGCGGAUUGCUAACAUACUGUUCAACAAUUUGGAUGUCAUAGCGAACCAGGAGACCAUAGUGGAGCUGAUCGGCUUCGCUCACCGUGUGUGGGGUCCGGCGCCGCCAGCUCCUGAUGGAGGUCAUCAAGAUCAGGACCGGGAGGAACAUAUCGAUGGACUCGCACCGCAGCCGGUACGCACGGAGAUUACGUUCGACUUCCAUCGCCUCGGCGUGUUGCUGCUGCGGUCGGGGCUUCAAGACGGCACGCUGGUCGCCAGCAAGAUCGCCACAGCCACGGUCGGGGACGCGCGGAUCCAGGCCACUUUAGACGGAGACCGUAUCGAGGUCGGCGGGUCGCUGGGUGGCGUGCAGGUGGUGUCGCUGUCGGAGCGCGCUGGUAUACACUCGCGUGUACUGACUGCGGGCCGGCCUCCGGCUCCUCCCGCUCAGCCCACACCUGCUGCAAAAUUUGCACCGGGAACUUUACCCCCUCAGUCUCAAUACCAGACUUCCAGUGAAGACAAGGCUCUGCUCUUUUCGAUAUCUAGGACUGUCAAAGAAGGAGGGAGUCGCGCUUCCAGUCCCGGCGCGCCGUCAUCGAUGUCGUCGGAGUCCCGCGAGCCGGGCCCCGGGCGUGUUCUGGAGGUAUCAGUGUCGGUGCGCGUGGCUCGCGUCUGGUACACUCACUCUCCGCCGCUCCUCCGCGAGUUACGUGACUGCGUGGCUCAGUUCCAGCAGUACCUGGCCAACUUGGCUCGCUCCAUCCGCGCCGCGGCCGCUGACAUGGCUAUAGGACUCGUGCAACCAAGUUACAGGGGUGAAUCCAUCUAUUCCAACCCGCGACUGUCGCAAUCCACGGAGGGCGUGUCUCCUCGCAGGCGAACCGUGAGCGUGGGCACCUCCUUGGACGAGCCGGAGCACGACACCCAGAAUAUCAUACUGAGCGUGAGCGUGGAGCUGGAGUCCCCCGUGGUGGUGGUCCCCCGGGCGGCCCGCAGCCCGCACGUGUUGGUGGCUCACCUCGGCCGCAUGUCUCUUCAGCAGCGCCCCGCCCCGGCCGCCGCUGCCGUCUGCACAGUUCGUGUCCGGGAUAUUUCCCUCGUUUCUUUGGACGUCGGAGAGAAGGUCAGCAGACAGCCUCUAGCGACCGACGACAUGGCCGACAUCUACGACGCAUCUGCCGGCCGACCUGUGCUUCACGACACCGGUCUGCGCCUGCGCGUGGCGGCGGGUCGCCCAUGUCUCGUAGACGGGGCCGUGGUGGGCGGCCUCCACGUGUCCGCCAGCCGCGAGCAGUACGAGCAGCUGCUGGACACGCUCCGUUGGCUGUCUUCGUCCGGCCCCUCCCCGGCCGGCCACGCCUCCUCUGUGUCCUUCGCGUCGACCACUUCAGCACCCCUGCUGGAGCCGGCGGUGCCCACGCUCAAACUGGAUCCUCAGCUCCGCGCUGCCGUGCUGGCCGUGCCGCCGCCUUCCCCGCCGGCUACAGACCGAUCCCUCCACACGCCGCUGCUCGUAACUUUUGAACUGACCGAUAUCACCGUGGAACUUCGGGCCGACUUGGGCACAGGAGAGAGGAGUCUCGUGGCGCUCACAUUCAGGGAGUUCCUGCUACGACGAGAGCACUUACAUCCCCACGAGUCCAUAUUGCAGGUUUCCCUACACUCGAUCACUAUGGAAGAUCUUACCAAGGACCCGGACUCACGUCACCGCAUGCUGAUGGUGUCGCACACUCCUCCCAGUCCCCCUAAGGCCGUGUUCGUAUCUAAGUCCUGCCCGGACUUCGUCACCCAGUACGGGGAUGAGGCCCUUUGCGGUUCACUGAGGCACUCGCGACCCUCCUCCGCCUCCAUGCCCUUCGCGCUCAACAUGUCGGACAGGGAGUACGAGAGCAUCAUGAAGUCAGAAGGACAGGACCGGCGCUGUGGACCGACCCCGCCCUGCUCGCCGGAGCAUGACGCGCCGGGGGGAGCGGGAGCACGGGCCGACGAGGACGGUGAGGCCGGCUCCUCGAGGGAUAACCUCGUCUGGGUGUCCGUGCAUACGCGGGACCCGCAGCAUCCACACUUUCACGAUCAGCACAACAAGAUAUCGAGAUCGACGAAAGUGGACUUCAACUGUCUCAAGAUCGUUCUGAGCAUCGACAGCUGGGUGACGGUGCUGGACUUCUUCGGUGUAGCGGGAGACGAGCCCGACCAGCAGGCCUGCUCCGCCAGCCUCAGCAAAAACAGUUCGUCUACGAACAUGGCCGGCGAGGAGGCUGGAGCGGGCGAGGCUGGCGAGGUCGGCAUCACGGAGACGGAGAUGAGCGUGCGGUCGUUGUCGGUGCUGGUAGUGGGCGCGCGCGGAGAGGCGUGUCGGGCGCUCGUGUCGAGGGUCAACGUGCGAGUGCGCGGGGUGGACGGCGGCCGCGACGUGCAUGCCACGCUGGGAGCGCUGGCGCUGGCGGACCUCACCCCGCACGCUCCGCUCUGGCGGGAGAGGCUCCGCAUGCGGACCGAGCACGCUCUUGACAUUCACUACCGAAGGUUGAGUUCUGAGGAGGCGGCCGCGGCGGGACAUGAGACGUCACUGUCUCUGGAAAUGGGCCCCGUCACUUACGUACACACCCGUCGCUUCGUCCUCGAGCUUCAGGCCUUCGUCCGAGAUUUCAGUCUUCUAAGACGCGUCAUUGCUCAGGCCAGGCGAAAGGUGUCGCGAGGUCCGCGGGAUGCCUCUCUACAACGGAUGAAGCUGCGCGUUCGCUGCUCGGCGCCCGUCAUCGUGCUGCCGGUGUCGGGCCGCUGCCGCGACGCGCUGGCUGCUGAGCUGCAGUUGCUGCUGCUGGACAACUGUUUCCGUCCCGCCGGACACCCCGACACCGUCUCCAAGAUCGUAGAUCCUUCUAUCAAGGAGCGCGAGCUGCUUGACGUCCGCACGGUUCGUGCGGAAGGAUUGACUUUGUGGUGUGCGCAUGCCGGGGAGAGCUGCGACGUGAGGGGCGAGAGUCAUGAGCGUGUCCAACGUGUGGGCGUGCCGCUGCUGCCCGCGCCGGCAGCGCUCGCACUGCAGCUGGAGCACAACUGCAGCGACACUCACAACGUGCCCGAGAUGACAGUUCAAGGCCGACUGGCCACACUGGCCGCUUCGCUGGAUGCGGCUCAAUACCGCCUCGUCAGGGGCGUGCUUGCGCAUAAUUUAGCCGAGGCGUGCACGGAGCUGCUGGCGCCAACUCCGGUGGUGUUGCCCGGCCCGCCCGUCUGCUGGCCUACGUGGUCUCUGCAGCUGGAUCUGCAGGACGUGAGCCUGGAGCUGCGCGCCGCUCGCCCGCGACCUCCGCUCGCCUGCAUAAACUUCAUCAAGUCUCGUCUGCUCAUAGAGACGUACUCCGACCUCUCUCAGGACAUCGACCUCGUCUCGCAAGAGAUCCUGGUGAGUGACAUGCGGUUCUCCUCGGAGCCGGCGAAUCGUCGAGGCAACGUGUUCAGCCACAUUGUGCAGCCGCUGCCGGACCAUCGACACAGCGUGCAGGCCGAGGUGCACGCCAGAAAACGGCCCGAUUCCUCGGCGUAUACGAUCCUCGUGAACAAUAUGCGGCUCAUGGCGAUCCUCGACUGGUGGGAGGCGGCCGGGCAGUUCGUCAUGCAGCCACCUCCGCCGCCCUCGGACUCCGACCUCAUGCAUCUAGAAACUCUUCUGGAAAUCGAAACUGCGAGCUCUGGUGCGGCGGACUGGGUGGCGGGGCCGGCCGUCACCGAGCAGGUGGAACUGAAGCUCAAUAUCACGGACUCGCAGCUGGUGCUGGUGGAGGACGCCUCGCUGUGGGACACUAACGCCGUCAUACUCAAGAGUACGACGGUGAUCACGUAUCGGCCGGCGGACGUGGCGCGGCCCGUGGUGUGCGAGCUCAACGACCUGGAAGUGUUCUCGUGCGUGCUGGGCCUGGAGGAGGAGACUGCCCUGUCGAUCGUGGAGCCGGCCGCGGUGGCCGUGACGCUGCUGCCGGAGCGCGUGCUGUCCGUCAGCGCGCCUGCGCUGCGACUGCGUCUGUCCUACCACGAUAUGCGCAUGUUCGCCUCCAUGCUGCACUCUCUUCCGGCUCAGGCCCGAGCGGCGCUCUCGGGUAAAUCAGAAGAGGAGGCAGUCCCGGACGUGCCAGCGAACAGCGUGCAUAUGCGCGUUGCUAGUGGCGUGUCGGGUGGCGCGGUGUAUGUGACGGCACUUCCACGCUGGGCUCGACCCUCGGCUCUCCGGCCACCGCCUCCCGCACAGCCCCCCCUGUGGCCUCUGAAAGCAGUGCAGGUGAGCGCUGAAUGCGUGACCCUGUGCGUCAUCGACGACUGCCUGGACUCGGACGUGCCGCUGCUGGAGGUGACGCUGCUGGACCUGCAGCUGGAGCAGGAUUUACGUAAAGUCGAGGAAUCCUUCGAAGAUCCUCUGCUGGUGUCGACGCCGUCCGGUCCUCCCGGGGUGGCGGCGAGCGCGGAGGGGCGCGCGGGCGCGGGCGGCGGCCGGCUCCGGGGACAACUCAGCGUAGAUUACUACAAUCGUACUCUGUCCGAUUGGGAGCCGGUCGUCGAGCCUUGGCGUUUCGAGGCCGGCUGGGAGCAUGCUCUUUCACGAGGCCUAGCCCUGGGCCGUCUCCAGCUGGACGUGCGCUCGGAAGACACUCUCGACACCAACGUUACGUCCGCCCUCGUCGACCUCAUGCGUCUGGUGCGCACCAACUGGACCCAAGAUUACUAUGCGCCUCAGAAUCCCACGUCCGAUCAGUCCCCGAAGGGCAGUCCCUCGGGUCACCGUCGUCGGUCGCCCUUCGUCCCGUAUGCGCUGCGGAACUUGACGGGCCAGCGACUGUGGUUCACCACCCUCACUACCACUUCCGACGAACUCCGCGAGUCCGGCGAGCUGGAGGUGCGGCCCGACGACUCCUGGCUGAUGGUCCGCGCGGGAGACACGGAGCCCUUCUCGUUCGGCGCUCGUCGCGGCAGAGCGCGCGUGGCGGCGGGCGCGUCCGCGGGCCCUGCGCCGCUCCAUCGCCUCGUACUGCGCAUCGACGGCUGGGCGCCGCCCGACCCCGUGUGUGUGGACCGAGUCGGCGUCUUCUUCAGACACAUCACGCACGCGAAGACGGGAGCGGAGGCGCGCGUCGUGCUGGAGGUGUCUCUGGAGGGCAGCGCUCGGAAAUUGGUGUCGGUGCGGUCCGCGCUGCAGGUCUUCAACAAGCUGCCACAUCCUGUAGAGUUGAGACUGGAUCACACGCCGGCUGCCGGUGCUUGGAGCGGGGCGGGCGCAGGGUCCCGGGCGACCAGUGUAGCUGCGGGCGCGCGCUGGGCGGCGCCGCUGGUCCCUAGGGCGGGCGCGGUGUGGGUCCGGCCGCUGGUGGGAGCGCGGGCACCCCCCGCUCCCCCGCUGCCUCCCGCUCCCGUGGACUGGCGCGCGGCCGCCUCGUCCGCCGAGCGUGCACUGCUGCAUCACGAGUGCCGCGCGCCUCACGAUUAUUGCUACAGAUUCUGCUGCGUGGUGGUGCGUGAGCGGUUCCCUCCCGAGCGCGGCGAGCCUCUGGCGGGCCACACUCUGACGCUGGUCCCCGCGCUGCGUCUCGAGAACCUGCUGCCUCUCGAGCUGCACUACCGCACGGAGCACGUCACCGGCACACUCGCCCCGGCCGUCACGCAACCAUUCCAUCAGGUGAACGUCGAAGAGGGGGUUGAGUUGUGUGUGAAGCUGGAGGGCUUCGGCUGGUCGACUCCGCUGAGCGUCGGGGGUCCCAACAACACCGGGACGUUCUCUGCUCGCCUGAAGCUGCGGGACCAGCGCGGACGGAGACUCUACCUCAACGCACGAGUCGUCGUUAAGAGAACCGACGGCAUAAAGGUGAGCAUCUCGGCCGCCUACUGGCUCGUUAACCGCACGGGCCUGCCUCUGGUGUUCCGCGCGGAAGGCGGAGGCGAAGCCGCAGGUCAGUUCGCGGAGCAUGAACUAGCCCGUAUGGUGGCGCCUCUACCCUUCUCCUUCGCGGACGGAGACGGGCCCACGCUGGCGGCGCGCCUUGGCACUUCGUUGGCUCCAAACCCGGAGUGGUGCUCGCCGUUCGGACUCGGUCCCGGAGUGACGGUGAAGCGCCUUGAAUGUCGCGGGGUGGGACCCGGCGGGGGGCCGGCCGCCGAGGGCGAGCGCUCGUACGCCGUGGGCGUGGCCGUGCGUUCGGGCCGGGGACGAUACCGGCGCACCAACAUCGUCACCUUCACGCCUCGCUACCAGCUGCACAACAACACAUCUCACUGUCUGCAGUUCGCACAGAAGUGCACCGCGACCACUCUCAAUGACCCCGGAGCGACGGCCACCCACGUGUCGGCAGUGGCGGGCUGCCAUCUGCCCUGGCACUGGGCGCGCUGGGACCGCGAGCGGCUGCUGUGUGUGCGCGUGUUGGAGGCGGGCAGGGCGGCGCGCACGGGCUGGUCGGGAGGUUUCAAACUGGACGCGGCGCGCAGUUUGCACGUGGCGUGCCGCGGCAGCGCGGGCUCCUACGAGCUGCUGCGGGUGGAGGUAGUGGCGCAGGGCGCAGCCUUGUUGGUGGUGCUGACGGAUGCGGAGCGCGCGCCUCCGCCGCUCUGUAUCGACAACCACUCGCCCGUCGCCAUCAUGUUCCACCAGGUGGGAUGUACCGAGGAAUGCGUGGUGGGUGCUGGAGGGCGAGCGCGCUGGGCGUUGCCGGAGCCCGAGGCGACGCCGGCACUCGCUCUGCGCGCCCCGGGUGGCCCCCGACUCACGCUGCCGCUGCACGCCCUUCACGAGACGCACACGCUGCUCUACCAGAACUUCAUCUACGUCGCAUUCUACGCCAACGACACGAACGCUCCCGACACCGUCACUGAGCCGACCGACGGGGCCGGUGACGGAGUCCUAGUCCUGGAGGUGCCCCUGGGGUCUACGCGGGUGCAGCUCGCACGUCUGCGAUACGGGGACAGGUGCCAGCUUUGGCGGCGAGGAGCAGGCGGCCAGCUCGUCCACGAGGGCAGCUCUCCGCCGCAGCCCACGGACCAGCUGGCCAGCGACACGGCGCUGUCUCCGCACGCGCUCGUGCUAGACAUCGAGGAGGCCGCCCCCCGGCCGACGCGAGCGGCGCCUCUCGUCCUGCGGCGCGCCGAUCCGCGGCGAGCCUCCACGCAGGCCUGGCGUCUGUUGGGGCCUGCCAUGUGCUGCGCUCACAGUAACUUGUGCGUUCAACCCGAGGACGGGUUCAUGGGACUCAACCCCGGAGCUCGUGUGGUGCUCGGGAUGGCCGUGUCGUCUCGCGUGCCCGCCGUGCGAUGGCCGACCCUGAGGCCGGGCUCCGGUCGACUCGCCGUCAAGCUGUGCGCCGACGGACCGACACGACGCGUGCGCAUCGUCGACAGCGCCGAACAGGACACGAAGCGUCUGGAGACUUGGGAGGACGAGGAGGAGGAAGAGGAUGAGCCCUCGGGAGCGGGAGGAGUGUCGGAGUGGGAGGUGCGCGUGGCACUCGGCGGGCUGUCCUUGUCGCUGGUGGCCCGCCGGCCGCCCGCCGAACUGCUCUACGCGCAGUUUUCGAGCGUGCGACUGCGGGCGGCGCGUGAACCGCGCGGAGCACAGUUCGCGCUCACAGUCGGCUCCAUGCAGUGGGACAAUCAGCUGGUGACGGCGCCCAGCCCCGUGCUGCUGUACGUGCUGGGGGAGCGGGAGGCGGACGGCGAGCUCUCCGGGACGCCUACUCCCGCUUUACACGCGUCCCUGGAGCUGCAGCGCGCGCCGCCGCAACACUACAAUGCCCUCUAUUUCAACCACUUUGUGGUGGCGAUGCGUCCGCUCGCCAUCAGGCUCGAUGAGAGGUUGAUCUUACUGCUGUGGUCCUGGGUGGAUGGCGGCGGGGAGCGCGAAGAGGGAGCGGUCGAGGAAGAGCCCGACGAGGCGGAGUACGAGACGAGGCGCGUGCUGCACGAGCUGACCGCGCUGCACGCCACCAGAUACUACUUCGCGCUUAUCAAGAUCAUACCGAGCCAGAUCCGCCUGUCGAUGUUCACCGCCAACAAACUGGAAGGCGAGCUGGCGGCACUGAAGAGGUCGCUGGGGCUCACGCUGGUGCGCUUCGAGGACGCAGCCGUGGAGCUGGAGCCCUUCGCCAGGGCGCACGCCUUCGACACGGCCGCGGCGCUGGCGCGACAUCUGCUUCAGCACUUCAAAGACGAGUUGAAGUGGCAAGCCGCCAAGAUUCUGGGGUCAGUAGACUUCCUCGGGAACCCGUUGGGUUUCGUCGCGGACGUGUCGGAGGGCGUGUCGGGACUCCUGGAGGGCAACGUGAGAGCCCUGUUUAAGAACGUCACUCACGGGAUUUCCAACUCUGCGGCCAAAGUCACCGAAACUCUGGGGGACGGGCUGGAGCGCGUGGUGGCGGACGAGGCCCACGAGGAGACGCGCCGCCGGAUUCGCUCCGGAGCUGCUGGGGCCCAUCUCGCCGCCGGCUUCCGAGGACUGGGCCUGGGAUUGCUGGGAGGUCUGACGUCACUGGCGAAGCAUAGCUACGAGGGCGCCGCGGCCGAGGGUGUGGCAGGGUUCCUGGCCGGGGUCGGCAAGGGGCUCGUGGGCACCGUCACCAAGCCCAUGAUCGGCGUGCUGGAUCUGGCCACUGAAACCGCGGCGGCCGUGCGGGACAGCGCACGCCGGGGCGGGGGCGCUCCGGGACGGGCGCGCGCCCCCCGCCUGGCCGCCGCGGGUGCUCCCUUGCCGCGCUACUGCAGCGAGCUGGCAGCCGGCGCGGCGCUGCUGCUGGCACUGCCGCAGCGGGACGCGGCGGAGCGCUUCCUCGCCUACCGCAUCGUCCGCGACUCGCCGCACGACAUCCGCGCCCUCCUGUCCGAUUCGUUCCUGCGCAUCGUUACGUGCAAGCACGGCGCGCCGCAGAUCGUCAUGGAGACUCACCUCGGCAACUUGGUGUCGUGCUGCGCCGUGCAGGCGGAGGGCGCUUGGUUCGUGGAGCUGGGCGUGCGAGGAGCGGCGGGUCCGGGCCCCGGAGGCGGGUCCCACGAGACGGUCCGGCGUCCCCGCGUGCAGUGCGACACGUCGUCCGUGGCGUGCUGGUUGUCGCGCCACGCGGCGGCCGCCAGCCAGCUCUACCACGACCGCACGCACACGCUGCUGCCUCACGCCGACCUCUCACCGCUCCUUCCCUCACCCACUGACUCCUAACGACCUCGUCGUCGCUGCUUUGUGUGUUGGCGUUAUAAACGCGAUCGACCGUGAGUGGACCUGCAAGAACUCUGCUCCUUUAAGAAAAGAAGAGUUGUGCCAACACGGUCCGUAGUUUGAGUACUUGUGACGACUAGUGCCGUGUGACCCUCGCGGCUCCGCCCGAGUUUCCGAGCUGACAUUAUGUAUCACUAGCCCGGUCCGGUUGUGAUCUCUCUUCCUUAAUACGUCACGGUUGUGUUUCUCUCCCCUGCAUCCCGAGGCGUGGACUCGUCGUCACGGCGACGCGCGUCUUCACAAAGCGCAUCAAGACAGUUGUAUAGAGAGGGGAAAUUUAUACACUGUCAAAAAAUUAUAAAGAUUGUAAUACGUGUUGUGACACAGGACCGACCUACAACGACUGAUGACGACUGUUGACUAGUUUUGACGACUGUUGACGAGUAUCGAUGACUGAUGUGAUAUAUUAUGUCUUAAUAUUUAUUUACUACAUUCUUAAGUGAAACAAAAAUGUUUCCGAGCCUUGUUUGUUGUUAGUUAUUGAAGCAAUAUAAUGUAUAUAUAAUAGCAAUACGCUUAAGUGACGUCUUAGUUAGUGUCACCGUCUCUGAACACGUGUCUGUGAAGUACUAAGUGUCAUGUUGUCUCACAUGAGCGAUGGCUCGUUGUAAGACGACGUCGAUGUUUUCGUUACUGAUCUUUACAAUAUUAAUUUCUAAUCCUUCCUCGUGAACAAAAACUGUACAACUAUCAAAUAAAAAAUAAUAUGAGACUCCACGAGUCCACGAGUCCAGCCAGCAGAGUCGAGUCGUACGUUCUUUAUUGUAUAUUAUUUAUACUUAACAUACGUUCAGUUAGUUCGUGUAUAUUGUUUUAAGUUAAAUGUUUGUCUUUGAGUUGGGCUUCGUUUGUUGUGUGAAUGUUGACGAAAAAAACAUGUUACGUAUAAACUGAGCUAAUAAUAAAUAAUUAAUAUGGAA